GCUCUCUGAGUUUAAUCGGAAAAUUUUUGGUGAAACACAAAAUGGCUGGAAAGUUUCUGCAAAUCUGGUCCCUAAGGAGUGUAUCGAAAACGAUGGCCUUUUUGAUAAUUGUUGCGCUUGCUGUGGCAAUCUACGCCACAAGAGGGAUGCCAGAAAAUUUCGAAGAGAGUGAAGAAUGGAAAUUUUGGAGAAAUCUCGACUUUUCUGUGUGUGUGGUAUCACUGGCCUUUGCCAGUGUAUUGCUGUAUGGGUCAAUUACGGAAUUCAGAAUGUUCAUCUUAUCCUGGAUGAUUUGGAAUGUCGUGUUGUUAAUAUUUUGGAAUGUUUUUCUGAUCCUGAAGCAUAAUGAGCUCGUGGAAUGGGAAAGAACCUUCAGAAUUGUGGCAAUCGCUUUAAUCGCAUUUGCAGAGAUCCCAGUUUUCAAAUAUUUUCGGUUUCUGGGAAUUAAAGAUGAGGAUCCUAAAUCCGGCAACACAUGGCUUGAAACCCAAUCCGACAAGGUGUACAAGUCUCUUAGCGAGAAUUCAUCAUUUUCCUCGGCUGACUCAAGGUUUGCGGGAGUGAAGGCGAGCGGGAAGAUGAACCAAGGUUUUCAGUCGGAUUCACCGAGGAGCUCUGUAAUUUCCGUUGCAUCCGAGGAGACAGAGAGGAAAAGUGAGGAAGAUAAAGUGGAAAAGGAAGAGGAGAUUGCAGUGAAAAACGGGAAAGUUGUAAAUGAGGGAGAAAAUGAGGAUGGACAAUCUCAGUCCAGUUUCGAAAUCUCUGUUACGGUUCAUACGCCUAACGCAUCCGUUGAAACUGCGAAUGCUACAGUUGACUUAUGCAGAUCAAACGUAUCCGGUCCCGUUAUAGAGAACUCUGAUGCUUCUGAGGUUGAAGACGUACGGACGUCAUCAGAGAUGAAUCUAGGUUCGCCUGUUUCGGUGCAAGAUGAGGCAACGUCAGGUCGCUUGGAAUUAGAGAAUAUGCAAACGACUAGUUUUAUAGAUGAAAAUCAUGGAACUGAGAAUGUGAAUGCCAACGAAGUCGAGAAACACAUGCAAACAAACUCUGAAGUUGUUGUUGAGGUUGAGGUCGAAGAAAAUGCAACAAGGUCCGGAAAUUUAGGAGAGAGCGUGGCUGUAGAAAUUGAUGUGACUGAUAUGCAUAUGUAGAUUACAUAAACCGCUAAAUAACCAGGGGCCGGUUGUAUCAAUAUAUAGAAAGCAAGUCUACCGUUUUAUUCAACGAGCGAAAUUUAAGUUGUUUUAUUCAAGAGAAAUGUAAGAGUGUUAUUUAAUUUUGACUUAUCCACCGUUUAGCUAAACGGGCUUGAUACAACCGGCCCCUGAUAAUAAAUUGCAAAUAAAGCUAUGCCAAUGUGGCCGAAUAUGAAUAUAUAAAGAGGACAUUGAACUGACUUAUAUAAAUUAUUAAUAUAAAUUUAAAACUCACGUAAUUUUGAUAUAAAAAUAAUAUCAAUAUAUUUUCAAAUUAUGUUUACUUAAAACAUGUUCGAGGGUUCAGAACCUGGAUUUUUAACCGAGAAUAGUUUAGAAUAGAAUUUUAAGUAAUUAAAAUAAAUGACCCCCUCUCAGGAGGGAAUAUG